AUGGUUUCAGGAGUUCAUGUAUCCGACGAAUGUAUUUACGAGUUUAAUAGGUUGAAAGUCAAGCAUUUGCACAAAUAUAUUAUUUAUAAAAUAGAAAACUUGCAGAAAAUUGUUGUAGAUAUAUUAGAGCAUGAUAUGGAGUUAACAUCAUUAGACAAUAUUAUAAUGCGCAUUAGAAACAAUUUAAAGAGCACAGAGUGUAGAUAUAUUAUUGCAGAUAUGCCUGUCCCAACUCCUGAAGGAGUACUGAGAGACAGAAUCUAUUUUAUUUUUUGGUCACCAGGUUUAUCGAAACCAAAAGAGAAAAUGUUAUAUGCUGCAUCUAAAGAAUCAUUAGUUAGAAAAAUUAAUGGAAUUUUUAAAAGUUUAGAAAUUACUUGUGAUAUAAAUGAAUUUGAAGAAGAACUUAAGGGUAUUAUUUUAAACACAUAA